AUGAUAUACCUCCCAGACACUAUGACUAACUGGCCCUGGCCUCGUACCAUCAAUUCUCAUUUUGAAGAUAUGAAAGCUGAAGUCAAUGCUUUGAUCCAUGGUUUCAAGGCUGUGAGUCCUGAAUCACGGGCAGCAUUCAGUAAAUGUUUCUGUGAUUUGAUCAAUGCUUUCUUGUUUUUGGACGAGUACACCGAUACCGAAAACGGGGUAGUCACCAAGGAAAUUGUGGAUAUUAUUUUGGGUUCCACAAUCCAAUCCACGAGUCUGUCUUCUCGACAUCACUUCCUUGAAACCUUUACUGCAUCUCUUCAUGGAUUUGUUGCCAAGGCUCUUGACCAUGAACAAGGUCAUAGGCGCAGUAUCAAUGACUACAUGAAGCUCUGGCAGUAUACGGUUUGUUUAAAACCAUGUUUAUUCAUAUAUGAAAUGGAGAUGGACCUUCCUGAUGAAGUGUUCCACCAUCAUGUCAUCAUGGAUCUUGCUGAAUGCAUCACAGACUUAGUUCUGAUUGAUAAUGACAUGAUCUCAUACACCAAAGAACAAGCAGCUGGGAACAAAGACCACAACAUGAUAAGUAUUAUCAUGUUGGAAGUUGGUCUCGACAUAAGCGUUCCUUCGUGGGGACCUUCUGUUGACAUCCUAGUCAAAGAGUAUCUUUAUGGGAUAGCAAUGUGGCCCCAAGCAAACCAUUCUUGGAGUUACAAAAUUCACAGGUACUUUGCCACCAGUGGUCCCAAAAUACAGCAAACUAGAAUUGUCCCGUUGUUGCCAAGGCCAGACUGUGUGAAUCUAUCAAGUAGGUCUAUUCAGAUACGAAGCUCUUUCUAUAGAAUCUGGCGCCAGCUAUUCUUGUACCUUACAUAUUUCAUUGUGUAUAUUAACUUACUACCACGUUUCUCCGUCUGUCCCUCAUAG